AUUUUACAAAGUGAUCGUUUCUCGUAUAUUCAGACCAAGCAUAUUAAUCUGGAGGAAUUGAGAGCUCGUCCCCUUUAUCUUUUACUGAACCCGGUGCAGUCUGUUCAAACAGUCAACACCACUGCACAAAUACGUUUUACUCAAGUGAGAAUCAUUAUUAGUGCCUCAUACAUAAUAUUAUUUUAUAUAGUUGAGUCGAAAAAUUGUGAAGACAAUAUCGAUUAAUAUUACUUCAUAGUUUUGUUAUUAUUUUGUUUUCACUUUGCUUGUUGUCCUAUUACUUAGUCAUCGAAAUUUCAAACUUUCAUGUAGAGUGCCUUCUUGUUUUCGUCAUGAUAAACUAUCUUUUCAAAUUUUCAACUCAAUCAAUUUAAAUGCUUUAUUGCUAGGACAUUUUAGUGAAAUUUACAGAAACAAGUUUGUAUGCUUGCUACUUCAUGUUAGUUAUGAUAUAUUGUGAAGAAACAAACAAUAAUGACGAUAGUGUACUAAUAAUUUAGCCAAGUCAUAUCAAAUUCCGCCACAUUCAUUCCUUAAUCAUUUCCAAAUUUCUCUGUACAUCGGGUUUUUAAACUUUCCUUUACAAUGCUGCGUUGUGUGAAGCGAAAAUCAAGUAAGAGUAGGACACCGGUGACCGGUAGUUCAAAUGAAAGAGGCUGUUCCACAUUACCACGUAUGUUUCAUCGGUCGGAUAGUGAAGAAGAUAUUUCAGAAAAGCCGUCAUCUUCAUCUUCCAAUAGGUUAACAAGAUGGACAAUGGAAAAGAAAUCCGCUACAUUAACAGCUGGCUCCACAUUAUCUUCUGGAAAUGAGACGAAAUCAAAAAGCAAACCUUUCACAUUUCUGCGUACAUUAUCUUUGGGUUCAUUAUUUUCUCCCUCAAGAAAACGUCGAAAAGAUGAUUCAACUACCGCUUAUUCUUCAGGUUUAAUGUCACCUGAUGUAGAGUUACAAACAUUAUCAAAUGAGUCACAGACUAAUAUUCAACAGAGACAAAAUGAAACUGAUGUUAGUCCAUCAGAAGGAUCCCUAACACCAACGGCUGAUGAAACCUAUAGACCUCAGUUUUGUAAGCAAGAGUUAUACUUAGAGAAAUUAACAAGAGAUGCCUAUAACUAUCCAAGAGACGAGACAAAUAAAACUCCAACAGAUGAAAACCCACAUAUUGUAUCUGAGGGAAAACAUUUGAAAAGAUAUCCAGAUGAUCAGCACGAUUCAGGUAGAAGUUCAACCAGAGAAUCAGCAGAUGUUUCUGUAGCAUCUGAAGGACCAAAAAAGAAACCAGCCAUAAAUGGUUUGCCUAUUGAACUUGAAACGAAAGCAGCAUCACCUGAUAAACAUUGGCAAGUCUUACCUAAUUCAAAACAGGGUGAUAUUAAUCAAAGUUUUCUACGAGCAGCUAGGGCAGGAAAUUUGGAGAAAUUACGUGAAUUACUCAACAAAAUAACAGACAUCAACAUCUCGAAUACUAACGGACUGAAUGCGCUACACUUAGCAUGUAAAGAAGGCCGAACUGACGUUGUAAAGGAAUUAUUAUCAAAUGGCGCGUCAGUUUAUAUGAUCACAAGAAAAGGCAACUCUGCUUUACAUAUUGCUAGCCUUGCAGGACAUCUAGAGAUCGUAAAAUUGUUAGUUGACCAUGGGGCUGAUAUAAAUGCACAGUCUCAAAACGGAUUUACACCUCUUUACAUGUCGGCUCAAGAAAACCAUGUUGAAGUUGUUCAGUACCUUCUGGACAAAUCUGCUAAUCAGGCUUUAUCAACGGAGGAUGGUUUCACACCACUUGCAGUGGCACUACAGCAAGGACAUGAUCGUGUUAUAAGUCUGCUACUGGAAAGGGAUUCUCGCGGAAAAAGUCGCUUACCCGCUCUACAUAUUGCUGCGAAGAAAGAUGAUGUUCAUGCUGCUAAAUUGUUACUCAAUAACAGCGAAAUAAAUGUGGAUCACACAUCGGCUAGUGGAUUUACUCCUUUACACAUUGCCGCUCACUAUGGGAAUGUUAAUAUAGCUAAGUUGUUGAUUGAGAAAGGAGCGAAUAUUAAUUACCAGGCAAAAAAUUGUAUAACACCGUUACAUGUAGCUGCUAAAUGGGGAAAGAACGAAGUUCUAAGCGAAUUGAUACUAGCAGGAGCUGAAGUAAAUAGUCGUACGCGAGAUGGACUAACACCUUUACACUGUGCAUCUCGUGCGGGUCAAACUGCUACGGUGGAAUAUUUAUUGAAAAAUGGAGCUGAUCACACUUUGAAAACAAAGAAUGACUUGACGCCAUUGCAUUUAGCUGCACAAGGUGCUAAUGAAAGUGUUGUACGAUUACUAUUGCGGAAUGGUUCUAAUCCGGAUGAUGUGACCAUUGAUUAUCUCACCCCUCUACAUGUUGCAGCCCAUUGCGGUAACGUGGACGUGGCUCGUGCUUUAUUGAAUUCCCAUUGUAAUGUUAAUGCAAGAGCUCUGAAUGGGUUUACUGCACUUCAUAUCGCAUGCAAAAAGUCACGAGUUGAAAUGGCUUCAGUUCUUCUUAAAUAUGGCGCUCUACUUGAAGCAGCCACGGAGACUGGUCUCACUCCAUUACAUGUGGCUGCAUUUUUUGGGUGUACAGACAUUGUCUCAUUUCUUUUACAACAUGGUACGAAUGUGAAUCAAACAACGUUGCGUAAUGAAACUGCACUACAUUUAGCGGCUAGAAAUAAACAACUAGAGACAGUGAAAACUCUUCUUGGUUACCAGGCAAAUUUAGAUUGCCGUACAAGAGAUAAUCAAACACCCUUACAUGUCGCUGUCCGUACAAACUAUCUACCAAUUGUUGAAUUGUUAUUGAAUGCUGGUUCUGAUCCUAAUAUAAUGACAAAAGAUAAUUAUACACCAUUACACAUGGCUAUUAAAGAAGACUCAGAAGAUAUUGUUAGAAUAUUGAUUGAGCACGAUGCUAAUCCGGAAGUUAAAACAAAGAAAGGAUUUACACCCUUACACUUAGCAGCAAAAUAUGGUUCAUGCAAAACAGCUCACUUGUUAAUGGACAGAGCAAAGUCUGAUCCGAACGCAACUGGUCCCAAUGGCUUCACGCCUGUACAUGUGGCCACCUAUUACAAUAAUAACAAAAUGUUGGAUAAAUUGACAGAAUUCGGAGGUGAUGUCAAUCGACCUGUUAAGAAUGGCUUUACACCACUUCAUCUGGCAGCCAAACGAAAUAAUCUAGAUUCAAUCCAUUUAUUAGCAUCUAAAGGAGCCGUAACUGAUAAGGGUUCAAGGAACGGUUAUACACCACUUCAUUUAGCUUCACAAGAUGGUCAAAUCGAAAUAGUUAGAGUUCUUGUUGAAAAAUACAAAGCUCAAGUGAAUACUGCAGCCAAGGACGGUUUAACACCACUACAUUUGGCGGUACAGGAAGACAAAGCUAACGUAGCCGAAUAUUUAUUAAGUUCAGGCGCAUCCAUUGAUACGAAAACACUGAAAGCUGGGUUUACACCGCUACAUUCAUCUGCUUAUAGGGGACAGCUCGCCUCUGUUCGUCUACUUCUAUCAUGUGUCCCUGAACAUCAACUUCAGCAAGUUAUAAACAGUCGCACUCAUAUGGGUUCAACUCCACUGCAUUUGGCAGCCCAACAAGGUCAUCUACAAGUAGCUCUAAAACUGAUUCAAAUGGGAGCUGAUCCAAACAUUUGUAAUAAGCAAGGAUGGACAGCAGCAAAAUUAGCUCAUAAGCAACAUUAUUUGAACUUGUUCGAAUUGUUGCAAUCAGUUACAACUAAUGACGGUGACGGAGGUUUACCUAGUUCAAAUGGAAUAGAUGAUAAUGUAAAUCUAAUCCACGGUGUAAUGCCCUUAGAAAAAGCGGAAUAUAUGACUGAUCAUAUGAUCUCAGAUAGUGAAGAUGAAGCCGACCUUUUAUCUACACCAGCAAUGUUUCGAUAUCCUGAACAACGUAAAGAAACGUUAGAUGAACCAGAUAACGAUAUAACAUCAAUUCCAAGUACACCAACUUUGGAUAACAAACUCAUAUCAGUCCGCCCAACAACACUGCGUAUUCCUGAAUAUUUAACUGCCUUAGAAGGUGAAACUCUUUGCUCUGGUCUUCAUGAAAGUAUGACCGAAGAACGUGUGAAGCCAAUGCUCAAUGGAAAAGGUGAAACAGCUACAGCUUCACAACAGCCAGUUCAGAUGACAAUUAAUGCAUCUUCACCUGCCGCUCUAUCCGAAUGGGAUUUCGAUGUGGAUAAUGUGCAUUCGACGAAGAAUUUAGUUAAGUCGGGGUUUCUUAUCUCUUUUAUCAUCGAUGCUCGAGGUGGCCUUGUCGAAGCUCAAAGACGACCUGGUUUACGAUUUCUUGUACCACCUAAUGCACCAUCUGGACCACUACGUAUAAUUUGUCGUUUACUCCGCCCAGAAGCGAUUGACAAUCCACCAAUUUUUAAUGACGGUGAUUGCUUAGCCUGUCGGAUUAUUGAAAUGAAUCCAAACCAGAUGCGCUUCAGUUUACCUAUACUUGUUGAGGUGCCUCAUAUAGCAUCUAUUAAAGGAAGAGAACGUGAAAUUAUAAUUGUUAGAAGUGAAACGGGAAAUUCAUGGAAAGAACACACAUUAGAAGCAAAUGAGCAGGCGAUAAAUGAUUCGUUGGGUGAUGCAUUUGAUCAUUCUGACUUGAAUACUUCAAGUCUUAACAAACGCAUUCAUCGAAUUUUGACCUACGACCUUCCACAAUAUUUCGCGUUAAUUUCGAGAUUUCGUCAAGAGGUUGCUUUCAUUGGUUCAGAUGGUGGAAUUAUUAGCUCCACCGUAGCACCACAAGUCCAAGCUGUGUUUCCUCCAGGAUCACUUCAAAAAAGAAUUAAAGUUGGCUUGCAAGCCCAAAUUAUUCCUAAUGAUGUCAUCAACCGUUUAGCGGAUGGUCGUGUUUCUGUAUCUCCUGUCGUAAGCAUUGAGCCAAGACGACGCAAAUUUCAUAAGCCCAUCACACUUACGAUACCGGUUCCACGUCAUUCAGCCAAAACUAUUCCAGAUACAACAAACAGCUCACCAAAAGUUCGACUUCUAUGUAGUCUAUCUGGUGGAAUAAAUCCAGCCGUAUGGGAAGAUAUAACUGGUUCAACACCUAUGACACAUCAUAAAGAUUGUGUUUCAUUUACUACAACUGUUUCUGCUAGAUUGUGGUUGAUGGAUUGCCCACCUGAUAUUCCGGUUACAGAGCUAGCAACUCGCAUUUACGAUGAAAGCAUUGAACCACCGAUUUUGGGGAGAUUUGUUAUUUAUGCUCGUCAGUCGACCGAUCUAGAAACAGAAGUUGAACUAAAAACGUCAGAUAAACUACAAAGACAACUUCCUCAUGCUCAAGAUAUGAAGAGAAGUAUUUCACGCACCAAAACGUUUACAACCGAAUUCGCUCAAAUUAGGUGCAUUUGCCUGACAGACGGCAACAAUGACAAAACUCUGGAGUGUUUAGAACAUUAUUGUCAAGUUGCGAUCGGUCCAUUUGUAGAGAUUCAACAAAAUAAGCCUAUCUGGAUUGAAAUGGUUGGAAAUCUGGUACCAGUGUUAAGAUCUGAUGAACAGUUGAACUUUGCCAUUCGACCAUUCCAUGAUAACAGAAUUACAUUCCCAGUUCGAUUGCGAGACGUACUGGAUCAUGAACCAGAUUCAAGUACAGUUACUGGAAAAAUUGCAUUUGUACGUGAACCACGCAAAGCUCAAACAACUUUGGAUAUGACUAGCGCACAACAGCAACGUCUAAUCACUCUAUUAGAAUUCAAGCUACCAAUUCCAGAUAAAACUAUUGUGAUAUCUACAAGAGAUAAUCGUCUGGCUGACGCGCUCACUAAAAUAACUCAGUUUGACGCUAUUCCUCCAGUCAUGACUGACUUACACCCAGUAACGACGAAAGAAGAAAGAAUAACUGAAACUGACGUCUUCGAGGGACGACCUAUCCUGCCAUUGGUUGCUAAAGAAAUUUUACCACAAGUAACAUUAAACGAAGUACUGACAUAUCCGAGACGUGAAGCAAUAAAUAGUUCUUUAGACAUGAAAUAUCAGAAAAUGGAAGAAAAGAGAAAACAAGAAACAGAUACAGUGUUUUCUUGGUCUGAAAAUGCAUUUCUUUCGUCAGAUGAAGGUGUUUCGACCAUUUCGGCUUCUGGUGAGACAGAUGAUCUUCGUAAACCAGAAGCAGUUUUACAGUCUGUUUCACAGGCUGAUGUUACAGACCAAGAAAAACUUCCUGUUGAUGUUCAUACUGUUCCAACCAUGUUUACUUCAGUUGAAAAUGCAUCAGAUCAGAUAUUAGUGUUAAGUCACUAUGACGACGUCACUGAAGAAAAACCACAUGUUCACUGGCAAGAAGCUUUGCUAACACAUUUGGAAUCAGUUGGCGUUCGUUUAGAUUUGCCAACAAAGUUCAGUCAAUUAGCAGACAAGCAAAUCGAAGAACCAGAUAGUCAAAUAACAGAAGUUUUCAUGAAACCAAUAUCUCAAUAUGUUGAACAUAAAUCUACUUCAACUGACAGAAAACAGAUAAAAUAUGUCGUACAAGAAUUAUUAGAUGCCAUUGGACCACAAUUCGUCGACACUGCUUUAGUUGAACAACUACUGCCAACUGAUCGUGGAGAAAUAAUGGAAAAUAUAAUUGAACCUAGAACAUUUGAUCGUAAGGAACAGACAAUCUCACUUUUGAAGGAUUCUCAAAGAGUUAGAACCAUAUCGACGGUAACACCUCAAUCCCCUCCUGUUCAUAGUACAAAUAAAAGUGGAAUAUCCGAAUCUAUAGAUACACUGAGUACUGAGUUCAUUAUUCCACAAAUCUUUCCUACUGAAGAAGACAUGUCAACUGAGGAGGUCAUCAGAGUUAGUAGAGUCCAAGAAACAGAUGAAGCACUUAAAAAACGAGUCUCAACUAAACAAUCAUCUAUAAUGUCAUCUACAAUAGCAAUGGAAGAAGACAGCUACAUAUCUCCACAAGAAGUGAAUGAAGAAUUCCCUCUUCCGUGGUUAGAAAACUUGCAGGAUGAAGAAUCAUUCGAAAAUGCUUAUCAGAGAGCAGUACUAACCAACAAUAUUCAACAAAUCGACAGAGUUCAAACUUGCAAAAUCACAGAACCUGAAGUCUUAAAAAUGAAAUCUGAUAUUAAAAUACCUCACACCGUGAACGAACCUCAGAUUCCAUCACCAUAUAAGUCUCAUUCAGAUUCGGUCAGUACCGAAGUGAUCCAAUCAAUGCCGAAAGAAUCGCGUGAAAUCGAAGAAGUUGAGGAAGUUCUACCUGACGGUACGGUUGUCACAAAACGCACAGAAUCUGAAGAAACCACUCUCUCAGUUACUCCGGAUGAAUGGAAAUUGGGUGUACAGGCAGCAAUUGAGUCUGGAGGUUAUUUGGUUGAAAAACCAGAAGAAAUCACAGAAGUGGAACAAGUUGAAGAAACACUAGCUGAUGGAACUAUAAUAACUCGCUUAAUAACAACAAAAAAAGUGGUUGAUAGAGUUUUUGAACGUUCAAUUUCAGAAGAGCAGUCCGUAUCAUCUGGUGUGAAUGAAGAAUUGUUUGUAGAAACAGAUUCAACGAUACCUGAAGUUUCAACUACAGAAGACCAAUUUUUCUAUCAUGACCAAAAACUUCAAGAAGAACAGAAUAAUGACUUAAGUAAACCAGGGACUAUUUUACCAAAUUUAACAGACAAUAAACGGAAAGAGCAAAUAACUAUUUCAGAGACUGGUAGAAAAACCAACGAUAUCAAAGAUAUACUAACUGAAAAUGAAAUACAAGUUACACAAUCCGGGCAUGAUGGAAAAUCAACACACGUAUUCAAGGAAGAAUACAUAAUUUCAGCAGAAGAAACAGAACAUACAGAAACAAGGAAAAAUAGACAAUUACAACACGCAACACUAGAACAGGAAGACUACACAAUAGGCGAAGCAAAAAUAGAAGAAAAUACAAACGAAACGGAACGAAAAAUAGCAGCUAUUAAAACAAAUUCAAAGGACCUAGAAGAAAUUGACGGCGGCGCCAUCAAAAAAUCAAUAUCCAAAGAAACGAAGUGCAAGAGAAACAUCCUUGAUGAAAACCAAAUACAAAGCGAAAUAAAAGUAAGAAAAAAAAUAAAAGAAAGAGAGAUGAAAGAAAGUAAAAUAAAAAAAAUGACACACAUGAAACGUCAAAACGAUGAAACAGACGAAAAACAAAUACAUGAAAAUCAACAAACAAAAACAUAUGAACUGAAUCAGGAAACAAAAACAAAAAUAUACAAAGUGCAAAAAGAGGAAGAAAAAGCCAAAAGAGAAACAUAUAUAAAAGGCGAACGUGAGAUAAAGCCGGAAUAUGGUGAAGUUGGUGAAGGCGUAUUUGAAGGGGAGACGGAAGCCGAGUCGGCAGUCGAAGUGUUCGGUGAGAGAUUGGGGCAAGUUGAAGCGGACGCAGAAAGUGAAGCGGUAGAACAGGUUGAAUCGGAACGUGUGUCUGUGUUCGCUCCAGUCGAAUUGGAGUCUGAGGCGCUUGCAGAGACUGCAGCACAACCGGAACGGGAACGAUUGGUUGAGCGUGUCGGUGAGAUGGAGGCGGAAUAUGGUGAAGUUGGUGAAGGCGUAUUUGAAGGGGAGACGGAAGCCGAGUCGGCAGUCGAAGUGUUCGGUGAGAGAUUGGGGCAAGUUGAAGCGGACGCAGAAAGUGAAGCGGUAGAACAGGUUGAAUCGGAACGUGUGUCUGUGUUCGCUCCAGUCGAAUUGGAGUCUGAGGCGCUUGCAGAGACUGCAGCACAACCGGAACGGGAACGAUUGGUUGAGCGUGUCGGUGAGAUGGAGGCGGAAUAUGGUGAAGUUGGUGAAGGCGUAUUUGAAGGGGAGACGGAAGCCGAGUCGGCAGUCGAAGUGUUCGGUGAGAGAUUGGGGCAAGUUGAAGCGGACGCAGAAAGUGAAGCGGUAGAACAGGUUGAAUCGGAACGUGUGUCUGUGUUCGCUCCAGUCGAAUUGGAGUCUGAGGCGCUUGCAGAGACUGCAGCACAACCGGAACGGGAACGAUUGGUUGAGCGUGUCGGUGAGAUGGAGGCGGAAUAUGGUGAAGUUGGUGAAGGCGUAUUUGAAGGGGAGACGGAAGCCGAGUCGGCAGUCGAAGUGUUCGGUGAGAGAUUGGGGCAAGUUGAAGCGGACGCAGAAAGUGAAGCGGUAGAACAGGUUGAAUCGGAACGUGUGUCUGUGUUCGCUCCAGUCGAAUUGGAGUCUGAGGCGCUUGCAGAGACUGCAGCACAACCGGAACGGGAACGAUUGGUUGAGCGUGUCGGUGAGAUGGAGGCGGAAUAUGGUGAAGUUGGUGAAGGCGUAUUUGAAGGGGAGACGGAAGCCGAGUCGGCAGUCGAAGUGUUCGGUGAGAGAUUGGGGCAAGUUGAAGCGGACGCAGAAAGUGAAGCGGUAGAACAGGUUGAAUCGGAACGUGUGUCUGUGUUCGCUCCAGUCGAAUUGGAGUCUGAGGCGCUUGCAGAGACUGCAGCACAACCGGAACGGGAACGAUUGGUUGAGCGUGUCGGUGAGAUGGAGGCGGAAUAUGGUGAAGUUGGUGAAGGCGUAUUUGAAGGGGAGACGGAAGCCGAGUCGGCAGUCGAAGUGUUCGGUGAGAGAUUGGGGCAAGUUGAAGCGGACGCAGAAAGUGAAGCGGUAGAACAGGUUGAAUCGGAACGUGUGUCUGUGUUCGCUCCAGUCGAAUUGGAGUCUGAGGCGCUUGCAGAGACUGCAGCACAACCGGAACGGGAACGAUUGGUUGAGCGUGUCGGUGAGAUGGAGGCGGAAUAUGGUGAAGUUGGUGAAGGCGUAUUUGAAGGGGAGACGGAAGCCGAGUCGGCAGUCGAAGUGUUCGGUGAGAGAUUGGGGCAAGUUGAAGCGGACGCAGAAAGUGAAGCGGUAGAACAGGUUGAAUCGGAACGUGUGUCUGUGUUCGCUCCAGUCGAAUUGGAGUCUGAGGCGCUUGCAGAGACUGCAGCACAACCGGAACGGGAACGAUUGGUUGAGCGUGUCGGUGAGAUGGAGGCGGAAUAUGGUGAAGUUGGUGAAGGCGUAUUUGAAGGGGAGACGGAAGCCGAGUCGGCAGUCGAAGUGUUCGGUGAGAGAUUGGGGCAAGUUGAAGCGGACGCAGAAAGUGAAGCGGUAGAACAGGUUGAAUCGGAACGUGUGUCUGUGUUCGCUCCAGUCGAAUUGGAGUCUGAGGCGCUUGCAGAGACUGCAGCACAACCGGAACGGGAACGAUUGGUUGAGCGUGUCGGUGAGAUGGAGGCGGAAUAUGGUGAAGUUGGUGAAGGCGUAUUUGAAGGGGAGACGGAAGCCGAGUCGGCAGUCGAAGUGUUCGGUGAGAGAUUGGGGCAAGUUGAAGCGGACGCAGAAAGUGAAGCGGUAGAACAGGUUGAAUCGGAACGUGUGUCUGUGUUCGCUCCAGUCGAAUUGGAGUCUGAGGCGCUUGCAGAGACUGCAGCACAACCGGAACGGGAACGAUUGGUUGAGCGUGUCGGUGAGAUGGAGGCGGAAUAUGGUGAAGUUGGUGAAGGCGUAUUUGAAGGGGAGACGGAAGCCGAGUCGGCAGUCGAAGUGUUCGGUGAGAGAUUGGGGCAAGUUGAAGCGGACGCAGAAAGUGAAGCGGUAGAACAGGUUGAAUCGGAACGUGUGUCUGUGUUCGCUCCAGUCGAAUUGGAGUCUGAGGCGCUUGCAGAGACUGCAGCACAACCGGAACGGGAACGAUUGGUUGAGCGUGUCGGUGAGUUGGAGCGGGGUCAUUUUAAUAGUUUUCACUCUAUUGACAUUUUAUCCUGUUAUUCUCCAUCUGCUUGUAGAUUUGGAGAUGUCGAUUCUUUCCCUGUUACUUCUUUUUCUGAUACUUCUUCCAGUCUUUAUCCUGAUUAUAUCUAUAAUUUAGCCGAUCUUUAUUGUGAUCCUACAUUGUCUGAUCGUCAAGCUGCUAUUUUUCCUUCUGUUGUCAGUUCGUGCUCUGAACCGCUUUCUUCUUCUCAUGCUAUUACAAUUUGUCAUGAUGUUUCUUCUACACCUGUUGCUUCUUUCGUUCUCUCAAAUGUGUCUAACGACCUUUCUUUUUCCUCUUCUUCCUCCCGUUUUGUUCAUGCUGGUGUUUCUGACUUUACUCGUAUGCCUUUAGAUUCUGUGUCUUUAUUUGAUUCCGAUGAUUCAGCGUUUGUUUCAGAAGGCUUAUAUCUCGGUCUCAGUCAAUUUGUUUCCCGUUCAUCGGAGUCUUUCACUGAAAUUCCUAGCUUUGUUAUAGAAGACAGCGUCAUUUCUGUUGAUGCUCCUGACGUUUGUUUCACUACGUACUCUGGAGAAAGUCUUGGAGAGUUGUCUGAUUGUCGACAGGCUGGCAUAUCUUCAGUACAUGAUAUUUCCGUAGAAUCAGUGCCUUUCUUUAUACCUGAAGCUUCAGUUCUUGCUGUAUCGGGAUAUGAAUACAAAUCAUUAAAUGAACUUGGAUCAAGCAAUAGAUUACCAUCUAUUGUUCAGGACACUGCAAAUGUAGUGGAUUCACAUGAUAUUCGGGAAGUAUCUGAGGAGGACGUUGUUGGUAAAGAUUCUUCAAUAACCAAUGGUCAAAUUGUUUUGCAAACUUCUGGCUCAUAUCAUUCCGCUUUUCGAUGUGAUCCUGAAUAUGGCAUUUCAGAUUAUUCAAACAGCUUAAUAACUGAUAGUUUUGCUGAAAUGAUUAUGAAAGAACCAAACCAUGAUACCGAAAUCUUGUAUUCACCUAAAGAUCAAGAUGCACUAUGUUAUCAGCUUCAAUCAGGUGUGUCAUUAGUAACUGAAACACCUACAAAGUCAGAUGUUUUAGAUAAAUCUCCGCCCUCAGGAAAAUCUGACUUGACUUAUCUUGCAGCAGCAUCAGGAGCAAGUGUAGCUAUGGAAUUUACUGAAGAGGAAGAGGAGGAAGAUGAGUUCUCCAUGGCGUGUUCUGGUAGGAUGAAAACACUUGAACAUGGUGAUUCCAGUCAAUUAGUUCAUUCAGCUCUUGAUAGGUCCGCUAAAAUGCUUACUCGUCUUCAAACCUAUGGAUUUCGAGGGAAUUUGGUGGGUACAAAUUCGCUUGUUAAUCUUAAUUGGCAUGCAUCAGAAACAAAAUUAACAACUCCAUGCAUAGAAUUCCUCGAAAAUGAUGAGAAUACUAAUUCAUUAGCCCAUCAAAAUAUACCUACAUCAAACGUACAUAUGAAUAAGGUUACAGAGCUCGAUCGCGAAGAAUAUGAGGACUUUGAUGGUGAUAGUCUUGAAGAAUUAAAUAUCCCAUUUGAAAUUUGUAAUACAUAUAACACAUCACGUGAAAUAAUUACAGAUGAAACUGAAUGUGGAAACACUAGUCUGUUCCCGUUCCCUGAGACUGUUGCUACAAAUCAAGUCUUCAACUAUGACAAUAAGUUAAAAUCUGAUACAGAUUGUCAGCAAGACUCUUUUAUUGAAAAAGAAGUAUCUAGACGUCAACAUUUAGAUUCAGAACUUGUAAUCUCCUCUCAAUCCAGUUCCACUAAAAAGAUUUCAUUCAGCCCAGACCAUGAAUUACAAACAAGUUCCACUGCAGAUGAAUCUAGUUUAAGCAGUCACUCGACAAUUGUGAAUGUUGGAGUAAUGAACCAGUCACCAGUUGUCCCUCAACUUAUAAGAGGAAAUCUAAUCGACGAAAAGCUAUUGUCUCAGAGUUUAUCAUCUCAGGAACAUGAUUUUGGUGUAGAUGCACCCGAUAGUAUUCAGCUACUGGAGUCAAAAACCACCCUAGCAUCUAUUGAAAGCGAUCUUGAUAUUCUUGGUGAGGAAAUAAAGCUAAAAGAUGAUAAUGCUAUAUUGCCACUUGGUCAGAAUUCGGUUCACCUAUCUAGCGUCGCUAAAAGAAAGCAAUCAAAUUUUAUAUCUAAUCUAUUAGGAACAGAGCCUGUGGUAGGAAGUACUGCAUUACGAACAUCUACAGAUGUCAGUAACGUUUCAGUGUCGCAACCCAUCUGUACUACUGAAGGACAUAUCAAGACAACACAACGCUACUUUCAUGAACCAAUCGGAGGACAUGUCAGUUUUCCACAAAUUUCAGAGGGUUCUUGUGAUAAACAGUUAAAAUUUUCUAAUGAUCGGGCUAAAUCCUCGCCAUCCAGUAUUAAUGUGGAAAAAAGAAUAGAAACAAGUGAUGAGAACGUUACCAGUAGCUCACUGUCCGAAUUCGAACGACUAGAAAAAGAAUUAGGUACUAG